AUGGGCAAGCGAAUCAUUGUUACUGGGGGUUCUGGCAAGGCGGGACAGCAUGUAAUUGCCUACCUGCUAGACAAAGGACAUGAUGUACUCAACCUCGAUCUUGUUCCUCUUUCGGGCAAGCUUGGUGACCGCGUUCAUACAAUGCGAGUCGACCUGGCCGACAGUGGCCAGGUAUACAGCGCCUUCACCUCCCAUUUCCAUCUGACAGAGCCAUUCCGCGAACCUCUUGGCUUGAUCCCGGAUGCAGUCAUUCAUCUUGCGGGUUAUUCUCGUAAUAUGCUUGCACCGGAUAGUGAAACGUUUCGAGCAAAUGCUCUUUCAACCUACAAUGUGAUUGAAGCGGCUUCAAAGUUGAAUAUUAAGAAGAUUAUCAUCGCUAGUUCGAUUACUGUUUACGGUGUGAGCUAUGCAGAAGGUGAUGUGGACUAUCCAUCAUUCCCAGUAGAUGAAGAGGUCGACGCCAACCCGAUGGAUACAUACGCGAUCACCAAAGUGUGCGGCGAGCGCGUUGCUCGUGGGUUUGCUCGUCGAUUCGGAAACGAUAUCUAUGUAUUGCGAAUUGGCAGGAUCGUCUCUCCAGAGGAAUAUACAGAAGCCAUGUUUGAUAGUUACGUGAAGGACCCAGCUUCCUGGGCGAGUCACGGCUGGUCUUAUAUCGACACGCGAGACCUGGGGCAGAUCUGCGAUCUGGCGGUUCAGAAAAAUGGCCUCGGCUUCCAAAUUUUCAAUACUGUCAAUGACGAAAUUACAAACUAUACCACAUCGACUACUGAGUUUCUGGCAAAAGUGUCUCCUAAAACGCCUUUCACGCGAGAAAUGGGGCCUCGAGAUGCCCCCAUAUGCAACCAGAAGAUUAAAGAUAUGCUGGGGUUCCGCCAGAAUCACCCCUGGCAAAUGUAUUAUGAGCAGAAAUAG